AUGGCCGACGAAAAGGUGUUGGAGAUGCGGUCUCAACUUCGCCGUAUUCUGCGCGACAUUUUGAUGCAACGGCGGGCAGUUGAUGAAGGUCGCGCCAAAGGUGCUCAGGUUGAACUCGCGGCGUUGACUGAAGAAUGCACAUUGCAUCUUGUGCUUGGCGUCAAGCCGGGGUGGGUGCUUCCGGCGCAGCCAAAGAAGGGUGCACGCAAAGAACUUGCCACUAUCGUACUAUCGAAGGUGUUACGCACGUUUUUUGAGGCUCGCCACGUUGAGCGAGAUGGCAACUGCUGGUGAGGGUCGUUGUCGUUGAGCUUCUUCGGCAGCGAUUGCUGCUGGCUGCAGCUGAAGCUUGUCUCGCUGGUCCAUGCGGCUGCAAACGUAGACCAGAUCUCUCUGCUCGUCCCUGAAGGCAAGAUAGACCACGACAUAUUUGUUGAGCACUCGCAAGAGGCCUACGUGGUGUACGGCGACGGAAGCACGAAAUUCAUACAAGCCAACGUUUGCAGAGACAAGAUGGCCACGGCUUCGAUCGCAAGACUGUGCAAACCCGGAGCUUUCGCGGGUGCCGUAGAAUGCGUUGCGGUUUCCGAGGCAUUGGGCGUUCCGGCGAACGUGAUUCACCCCAUGGACAUGACGGUGAGGAAGAGGAUGGACUUGGGGCUUGUAAAAGAUGGCGCGGGGCAGGAGGUGGAUGGGGAGGAAUAUCAAUGAUGUUACUCCCACCGCCCACAGAAGACCCACCUGUGGCUUUUGCCUAACGCCGGAGGAAUGGCUCGUGAAGAGUGAACAUCAUCAUGGUGAAAAGCUCCCCGGCCCUGGAAAACCCCACCGAAGAGCAACUGCGGCUGUGGGGCAGGUGCAGCGCUACACUCCAAACAUCGACGAUACGACCGACCAUUUUGCGGCCGCUGUGGUGAUGGAUGGCACCACACUUCUGUGCCGCAUACAUUUGAUUGCUCCCCGGCAGAGAGCAGCCGACGACGCGAGUGGUAAGGAGGACUACGACAAGCGGGUUCUUGCAUGCAAGGAACAACAGGCCGUUCGAGAACGACAAGCCGCUGGUGUGCAAGCCGGCAGU